AUGGAUAAUAAUGACAUAGAACAGCUAAUUACCCUUAAAGGUGAACGAUUUUUUCAACAUAUUGAAGAACAUUACGGAAAACUGGUAGAAAAAAUUUUACGCUAUCAUGAUAUUGACAGUUAUACGAUUUUGAGUCAAGUUGAUCAGCAAGAAAUGAUUAAUUUAUUUGAAAAACCAAAUCAUGAAAAUUCCUAUUCAACACGAUCAAAUCAAUUUGAUAUAUAUAGACUAUCAUCAUCAUCAUCAUCAUCAUCAUCAUCAAGUUACAAUAGUGCUAGCGACUGUGAAGCUAGUUUUGAACAAUAUCUUACAUGUUUAAAAGAAUCUCUUGAACAGUUAUUAAACAAAUUGAACAAAAAAAUCCAUGGUACUAUUUGCGCAAAUGUAACAUCUAACGAUUUUAAAAUUUUUAUUGAAAACACGAGUGAUUCUAUUAUACCUAUUUGUUUUAUGCAAAGCAUAUGUGGUGAUCGAACAAAACUUUAUCUAAGAAAUCGUCGCUUUCAACUGUCAAAUUUUGUUAAACACUUAAAUCUUAUUAAAAAUGUAUCAACGCCGUUUACAAAUAAUUCAAGUGAAGAACCAGAUGAUCGAGCAACAGAUCUACACCAAACUGAUUCAAAUGAUCAAAUUUUAAGAACUGAAACCAAUCAAUCAAUUAAUAAGAAUGAUUCAAAUAUAUGUGAAAAUAGUGGUAAUAUUAAUAAAUCAACUGCAGCAUCAAGUAAAAUAAAAUACAAUGGAAACAUGUCGGACGAUACUUUACCUAAACAAGGUGAAACUCAAAGUUCUAUUUCAUUCACUUCUUCAAUAAAAUCAAAAAAACAGCUUUCGACUAAUCAACAACGACAAACAACUGAUUCAACUUCAAAGUAUCAACGUUCAGAUUCAUCACAAGGAUAUAAGCUGCAAGAAAAUUCAUCUCAAUCUAAAAAGCGUAAACUUGAUGAAGAUGAAAAGAGAUCUGAAUCCUAUUCAUUAAAAAAAAACAGCAUAACCUUAUCUAAAAAAAACGUUUCGCACUCUAAUAUUGAUUAUUCAGAUAUUUUAUGCGCGUUAUUGAAUACUAUUGAUUUUAAUAAGCAUCGUUCGGCUAACAAUUAUCGAUGUCCAAAGUCAGUUUUAAGAUUUGCAGCAGGUCUCUUUAUACUAGCUGGGAGUUAUGUAUAUGAAUAUAUUCGUAUUAACUUUAAAUUUCUUUUACCAUCGAUUGAAACAGUUAAAAAUUGUUACAAAAUCAAUCCAUAUUCAGAAGCCGAAUUCAGAUUCGAUGAAUCCAAAAUUUAUCUCGAUUCUAUUGAUUGUCAAUUCGCUUUUUUAUCAGAAGAUUGUUCGGCUUUUAUUCCACGAAUUGAAUAUGAUUCAACUUUAAAUUGUUUUAACAGUUUUGUGACGCCUAUUGAUGGUGGUAAACCAAUUGAAAAUGCUUUUGAUUGCCAAUCUUUUGAAGAACUCAAACGUGCACUUGAAACUCAGCCACGUGCCAAUUUAGUUAAUGUACAUGUACUACAACCUAUUACUGAUGCAAGUUUUUCUAGAACACCAUCAGCAGCUGUCUUAUCUGCUUAUGGCACAGAUAACAAAAUAAGUUCCAUUGAUAUUCUGAAAAGAUGGCUGAUAAUAUUUGCAGAGUUUCAUUCGAGAAACAUCCACGUUUUGGGGUUCUCUACUGAUGGGGACCCGAAAUACCUCAGGGCGAUGAGGUUAACAUCGAAUUUCUUUGUAAGAACACAAACAUUAACAAUCUAUAAUGAUACAUUAUAUUUUACGAUUAACAUACCGAACUGGCCAUGGUAUUUUUUAAAUCCUGAUCAAAUUUUUCUUUUCAUGCAAGAUGGUACUUAUCUUUGCACCAAAACGCGCAACCGUUUAUUAUCACAAAAUGCCAAUUUGAAAAUGGGCACAUACAAAGUAUCCACCAAGCAUCUAUAUAAUCUAAUUAACACAAAAAAUAAAAUGGAUCAUAAUUUAUCUAAAUCAGAUUUAAACGUUCGUGAUAAGCAGAAUUUUUCUUCAUGUCAACGAAUUUCCGAUGAUAAAGUCUUCAACUUAUUAUUACUAAGUGACCACUGUAAAGCCACGUACAGCUAUCUACUAGUUUUAAAUUUAUUAAUUCUUGCUUAUACUCAAUCUAAGGUUUCUUUAUUGAAUCGUAUUUAUUAUGCAUGGGUUGUACUAUUUUUUAUUCGAUUAUGGAGAAUAUGGUUAUAUAUAACAAAACGAACUCGUAAAUCACGUAUUAAAAAUAGCAAUAAAAAUGAACAAUAUUGUUUUAUUACAUCUAAUGCUUUAUUAUCUAUAGAAUUAAAUGCUCAUUAUCUUAUAUAUACAUAUUUGCUAAUUGAACAAAAGUUAAUACCACAAUAUGUAGCAAAAUUCAUGCAUUUAUUCUCAUCACAACCGUGUGAAAGUCUCUUUAGAGAUGCACGUGCGUUAUCUGGUGUAUAUACUACUCGAAUUAAUUUUACAAUGAAACAACUUCUACAACGAAUAAAUAAACUCAAUGCUUUAACAGAAAUAAGACAAUGUGAAGAAGUCAACCAUCAUGAACAAAUUAGGUUUCCUGUUCAUCAUAAAAUCAAACGACUUUUCAAUGAAGCAAAUCAAAAUGAUAAUGAUGAAGAUGCUGACUUUAAUGCUAAUAAUAUUGAAGUAACAAUAUCUCAAGCGUAUGAAGCAGCUCAACAAAUGGUGACAUUUGUAGGAAUGGACAAAAAUUUAAUUAAAAACCAUCUUUUCGAAAUAGAAGAAUCAUCGCAAAUGGCUGAAAAGCUUUUGACUCUAAAUACUUUAACUGAAUCUGAAAUAAUUAUUCUCGAUAGUCGUGACAAUGAAGAUAGUGAUGAAGAAGUUGUAGAUGAAGGUGGUGAUGAAGAUAUUUUAUAUGAAGCUAGUGAUGGAGAAGGUUGCAAUGAAGAUGAUGAUAAAAAUGAUGGUGUAGAUGAUUGCUUAGAAGAUCAUACAGAAAGUGAUUAUGAAAAUAAUAUUAAUGAAAAUUCUUUUAAAAAAAGUGAUUAUGCAGAAGAUGGAGAUGUAGAGGAUUGUAUUGAUGACGAUAUCAUUGGAUCAUCAAAUGAAAAUAUUCAUGAUUGUUGUUCAUCUGAUGAGGAUUUGCAACCAACCUCUAGUUUUGAAAAUCUUCAAACAACAUCAUAUUCAGGUAUUUCGUAA